AUGGCAGCCACAGCAACCCAAAGCAUGCCCACACAGGCGUUCAAGACGCCAGGAUCGAGCAGUACGAUCAAAACGUAUUAUCGCAAUAAGAUCGAGGCGGCCGAGUUGGAGAUCACCAAGAAGACGCAGAAUCUGAGGCGGCUGGAAGCUCAGCGGAAUGCUCUGAAUACGAGAGUACGAUUGCUCAGGGAGGAACUCCAGGUUCUUCAAGAGCCGGGAAGCUAUGUCGGAGAGGUGAUCAAGGUGAUGGGGAAGAAGAAGGUGUUGGUAAAGGUCCAGCCUGAGGGGAAAUACGUCGUCGACUUCUCUCCGGACAUCCCCCUCUCCUCCCUCACUCCCAAUCUCCGCGUCGCGCUCCGCUCCGACUCCUACAUGCUUCACUCUAUCCUCCCCAACAAGAUUGACCCCCUCGUCUCGCUCAUGAUGGUCGAAAAGGUCCCUGACUCGACAUACGAAAUGGUCGGUGGACUCGACAAGCAAAUCAAGGAGAUCAAAGAGGUUAUCGAGCUCCCUGUCAAGCACCCGGAACUGUUCGAGGCGCUCGGUAUCGCCCAACCCAAGGGUGUAUUGCUCUACGGUCCGCCCGGAACUGGAAAGACUCUGCUCGCCAGGGCAGUGGCACACCAUACCGACUGCCGAUUCAUCCGUGUCUCCGGAAGCGAGCUUGUCCAAAAGUACAUCGGAGAAGGAAGUAGGAUGGUUCGGGAGUUGUUUGUGAUGGCGAGGGAACACGCGCCAAGUAUCAUCUUUAUGGAUGAAAUUGACUCGAUCGGGAGUAGUCGAGGAGGCAGCGGAGGCGGUGGAGGGGACAGCGAGGUCCAGCGAACAAUGAUGGAAUUAUUGAACCAGCUUGACGGAUUUGAGUCGACCAAGAACAUCAAGGUCAUUAUGGCGACUAACCGUAUCGAUAUUCUCGACUCGGCACUGCUCCGUCCGGGACGUAUCGACCGUAAAAUUGAGUUCCCGCCACCCAACCCUGAGGCCCGGAUAACUAUUCUCAAGAUCCACUCUAGAAAGAUGUCAUUGCAGAGAGGCAUCAACUUCCGGUCUCUGGCAGAAAAGAUGGGUAAUUGCUCUGGUGCCGAAGUGAGGGGUAUCUGCACCGAGGCUGGGAUGUACGCACUGCGCGAGAGAAGGCAGUAUGUCGGCCAAGAAGACUUUGAGAUGGCGGUCGCCAAGGUGCUCAAGAAGAAUGCUGAGGGUAAUACCUCGGUCAACAAGCUGUUCAGCUAG